AUGGCGGACGAACUGGAAUACCUCCAUCCAGAUUUCGAUCUGAACUCUCUCACCGUCCCUCGUCUCCGCUCCAUCCUCGUCAGCCACGAUAUCCCGUACCCUGCCUCAGCAAAAAAGGCUCAACUGAUCGGCAUCCUUGAGGAUGAAGUCCUUCCGCAAGCUAGAAAGCUCUUACGCGACCGCGAUACGGUUCGACGAACUAGUAUGGGAAUUACAGACAUGAGCAGUCGGUCGACAUCAGUGGCUAGCGACGCGAACGACAGAGAGUCGAUGCCUCCUCCUCCCACACCCUCAACAGUCGGAUCCACAAGAAGAGGCGAGCGAGGUACAUCGCGACGCAGCACUCGUCACUCAACGGUAGACACCGAUGAUGGUCUCGGCCCUGCCACACCUGUCAGGAACACAAAGCGCACGAGCGUUGCUCGCUCAGUGGGUAAACACGCCCGCACGUCUGACACGGAAACCGGCGACGACACAUUCGCUACUCCAAUCGCUGCUACUCGUCCUACGCCUCGCAAAUCUACAGCCAGAAAAGUAGGACGGAGUGAGGUCCUCCCGUCGACAGAAGUGGAUGAAUACACUCCUACUGGGUUCAAGUUAGAAUCACGCUAUGAGAGCACGUUUACGGAUGACAAUCCUUUCCAGAGUGGAAGCCCUGAGGCUCCUAAAAGCGCAAGGAUGAGCUAUGAUGCCAAGCGGAAGAGUGUUUCGCGCUUAUCUACCGACAGCCCAGCUCGGGGCCGCGGACUUAGGUCACGGAAAUCAGCAACCCCAUCUAGCAUUCAGCAAGAUGGUGGUUUCCAGCCACCCAGGCGGGAUUCGUUUGACUUCGCCUCUCGGUUAAUACCUCCGCAGGAGGAGCCCGAGGGGGAGUCGGAAGAAUCCGAGGAUGAUGAAGAAAGCGAAAUUGGCGCGGGUGAAGAAUUCACGCCCGAGGAACAGCUCGCUAUGUCUAUGGAGAAUGAUCAGUACUCGCGACAAACUCAGCCUAGGCGACGACCCCAAAAGCAAGGAACCCUCAGCCGCUUGGCCCCUUGGGUGGUCAUCCUUUCACUGGCCGGCAGUUUUGGUACCUGGUGGCGCAAAGAAAAGCUCGAAAUUGGAUAUUGCGGCCUGGGAAAGCCCACCUGGUCUUUGGCAGAGACCAAGGUUCCCGAAUGGGCGAAUGUUCUGGAGCCUCGGUGCGAACCGUGCCCAAGCCAUGCCUUCUGCUACCCGGACUUUGAGGUGCGCUGCGAGAAUGAUUUCCUUUUGAAGCCGCACCCUCUUGCCCUCGGGGGGCUGGUGCCGUUGCCGCCAACAUGUGAACCCGAUAGUGAGAAGGAGCGCCGCGUGAAGGCCGUUGCGGAUAAAGCUGUUGAAGAGCUUCGUGAGCGCCGGGCAAAGUGGGAAUGCGGCCAGCUGAAGGAAGACGGCAAGGGCGCCAGAUCUCCAGACAUCAGCGAGCCAGAAUUGAAGGAAGAGGUGGCUAAGAAACGCCGCAAGGGCCUGAGUGACACCGAAUUUGACGAGCUGUGGAAGGGUGCCAUUGGUGAGAUCCUUGGCAAAGAUGAGGUUAUCAGCAAGACCAAGCAAAAUUCCGACAUCCUCAUUCUCUCAUCUACCUCCAUCGCACGACUCCCACUCGCAUGCGCCGUCCGCCGUCACUUCCGACUCGCUCUCCUCGCGUAUCGACUCCCUAUUUCACUUCUAAUCGCGGCCAUUGGUCUCCUUGUUUACGCCCGUGCGCGUGUCCUUGCACGUCGGUCUGACAUUGCUCGCGUGCCUGAAUUAGUAGCUACAACCCUUGAUCGACUAUCCACACAGGCCGCACUCUACGCCCGCGGCGAUGCCAAAGAACCGCAUAUUGCUAUCGGUCAGCUCCGCGAUGACGUCCUCCGUUUUGAACUCCAAGGAAAGCGUCGCGAGGAGCUCUGGCGACGGGUCCGCAACUUUGUCGAGGGCAACGCUAACGUCCGCGCUUCUGUGCGAGAAGGACGUAGCGGUGAUGUAUCUCGAGUCUGGGAGUGGAUCGGUGGGAUCAACGCUGUCGGCGAGCCGGAACAUAAUGGCCGCCGCGAGAGCGCACGAUUCUCUAUCCCUUCUCCGUCCGGCAACAUAGUGGCAAGCCCUCACACCCCUGCGGGUGAAAGCCAACCCGAGCCUAUCUCUAGUCCAAGAGAAUCUCGCCGCUGGGACGAGGGCCGUCCGAUCUACUGA